AUGGGACCAAAUGAGCACGGCUUUGCGUAUAUCCUCAUAUUUCUGCUGCUCUCUCCAUCAACACAAACAAACAGAGAUGCGAAUCGGUUAUUUGAGGAUCUUAUCGCAGACUACAAUAAAUUGGUGCGACCAGUCAGUGAGAACGGAGAGACAUUGGUGGUGACGUUCAAGCUGAAACUCAGUCAACUUUUAGAUGUUCAUGAGAAGAAUCAGAUUAUGACAACAAAUGUUUGGUUACAACAUAGCUGGAUGGAUUACAAACUACGAUGGGAUCCGGCAGAAUACGGUGGUGUUGAAGUACUGUAUGUCCCAUCGGACACCAUUUGGCUGCCUGAUGUUGUUUUGUAUAAUAACGCUGAUGGAAAUUAUCAAGUGACAAUUAUGACAAAAGCAAAACUGACAUAUAAUGGAACCGUCGAAUGGGCACCGCCAGCUAUCUAUAAAAGUAUGUGUCAAAUCGACGUCGAAUUCUUCCCAUUUGAUCGACAACAAUGUGAAAUGAAAUUUGGAUCAUGGACAUAUGGAGGUCUUGAAGUUGAUCUACAACACAGAGACAAACAUUUGGAAAAGGAAAUCGAAGAAGACGUGGAAGGUGUUGAUGGUCCAACGAAGGAAAUUGUAUGGGUUGUUGAUAGAGGAAUCGAUUUGAGUGAUUAUUAUCCAUCUGUCGAAUGGGAUAUUCUCAAUGUUCCUGGAAAGAGACACUCCAAACGAUAUCCAUGCUGCGAAAGUCCAUUCAUUGACAUCACAUACGAAAUUCAUCUCCGGCGAAAAACGUUGUUCUACACUGUGAAUUUAAUCUUCCCAUCAGUCGGAAUCAGUUUCCUAACUGCGCUCGUCUUCUAUCUUCCAUCAGACGGAGGAGAAAAGAUUUCACUGUGUAUUUCUAUUCUCAUCUCGUUGACUGUCUUCUUUUUGCUUCUCGUAGAAAUCAUUCCAUCAACGUCUCUCGUCAUACCUCUCAUUGGAAAAUAUCUUCUAUUUACAAUGGUUCUGGUAACACUUUCUGUAGUGGUUACGGUAGUAACGCUGAAUGUGCAUUAUCGAUCACCUACAACACACACGAUGCCGAAAUGGAUGAAGAGGUUGUUUGUAGAUUUUCUACCAAAGUAUCUGCUCAUGACAAGGCCUCAACCUCCAGGUCAUCAUAGUAAACCAAAUCGAAAGUUCGACCCACGUGCUUCAACAUUCAGCAUUGGAGUAAACCAUAUUCUGGGUCAGAAUUCUGAAUUACUCUCACCAAGACUCAACUCCAACAAGGAAGAGUCUUCUUUUACGUUACCACGCGACAACUCGCCAGUGCGAUCAGCCGUCGAAAGUGUUGCCUAUAUUGCGGACCAUUUGAAAAACGAGGAAGAUGAUAAACAGGUAAUCGAGGACUGGAAAUACAUAUCAGUAGUCAUGGAUCGAAUAUUUUUAAUCACAUUCACUCUGGCCUGUGCUUUCGGAACAGUUGUGAUCAUUGCUCGGGCGCCAUCCAUAUAUGAUAACACGCCUGCUCUUGCCUAG